UAUUUUAAAUGACAAGUUAUUUUACCCUGUUGAAUAAUAAACCCAUCUCCUUUCCAUUUCAUCGGUUGCUGGUCUCGGUUGAACAGAAGAGAAAACACAUGUGCCAUCGUCGUUCUUCUUCUCCGUCUCUAGCUGCUGGUCUCUGUGGAACAAAACAGGGAAACAGAGGCUUCAACUCCCCAUUCUAGUAAUCGGUUCAUCUCUGUCUCACCUCGAAGAAGUUAUUGGCUCGAUUAGGGCUUCAUCGGCUGCUGGUCUCGGUUGAACAGAAUAAAAUAUGCAGGUGCAAUCGUCGUUCUUCUUCGUCGUCUCUGGCUUCUGGUCUCGGUUGAACAGAAUAGGGAAACACAGGCUUCAACUUCCCAUUCUAGUAAGCGCUUCGUCUCUGUCUCACCUCGAAGAAGUUAUCAGCUCGAUUAGGGCUUCAGCUCCCCAGUGUUCCAAAUUAGGGCUUCAUCUUGAUGCUUCAUCUUCUACAAUCAAUUUAGGGAUUUAGCCCCCACAUUCGAAUUAGGGCUUCAUAUCGGGUGUUGUUGUUUAACCAAUUGAUAAUCUGUUUCGAAUACACUACAUAUACAAUAGAAGCAUGAAGAAGUUGUAGUGGAUCCGGACUUGUAUUCAAUGGUUGAGAUGGUGUCAGAUAUAUAUAACACUGUGGUAAGAGAUGAUACUCAUGUAGGUCAUACAGUAUUUUUUAGGCUAAAGUGUAUAUUACCCAAUCUUGAGGAAGUGGAUUUGAUUAAUGAUCAAUCUAUGUUGAAUUUGUUCAUUCUGCAUGAAAAUGGGUCUACUAUCAAUGUAUACGUGUAUGGCCUGGCUGUAAAUAAGACUACAGUUGGUAAUUACACAAUCAAUGGCUCUGAUGGUAAAGUGAUCCCUAGAUUGGACCUCAGAAGAAGGGGCCAUCUCAAUCACACUCCAAGUGUGUUUGAUUGGAGUUCCAGGCUGAGUAAGGGUACUGUAAACGGAGGUGGUGGUACUGGUACAUCAACAAGCAGUGCAACUAGAUGUGGUUCUGGUGUUGUAAGGAUAGAGAAUUUGAGCGCCAGUAUUGUAGGGGCAAGGUCAAAGUUUGAAGAAAAUGUAUCAACUGUCCGUAGGGGUUUUGUAUCUACCGGAGGAAGUGGUACAUCUUCAGAUGUUGCAAAGGCUAAAAGCAACACUGCUGCUACAACUGAGGGUAAGGAAACUGAAAUUAAUGAUGAGAUGAUAACUCCUCAUGUCAUUUUUGAGUCAUAUGAAACUGAUAAUGAUGGUAAAUGUGAAGAUGACAGUCACAAAGAUUAUAUUGAAUCAGAAGAUAGUCAAUCUGACUAUGAUGAGAGUGGUGAUAUGGAUAUUGAUAAAAAGGAUGGUGAUGGUAAUUCUCAACUUGGAGAGAACAACUCUGAUGAUUCAGAUGUGUCAGGAUACAACUUUGAUGAUUAUCAUGGCACAUAUGAAAAAGAGCAAAAACAUUGAUUCAGAUUCAAUAGUGAAGUUAGAAAAGGGAGAUAUUUUCUAUGAUGUUGACCAGUUCAGGACAGUUUUGCAAAAUUAUGUUAUACAAGAAUGGUUUGAGAUCUUGAGGACAAAAAAAUGAAAGAACAAGAUUUACUGUUGUGUGUACAGCUGAUGGUUGCAGCUGGAGAAUCCAUGCAUCUCUCACAAGAGAUAAAACAAAUUUUAGGAUCAAGUCAAUAGGUCCAUUACAUACAUGCUCCAACCCUCCCAUAAAAAUUGGAGCAUUACAUAUAAGUGGAUACCAUGGAAGCUGGACCUAUGCUUAAAGCAGAGUCAGGCAUGAGUGUCAAGACCAUGAUUGCAAUAUUGCACCAAAAGUAUGAUUCUGAAGCACACAGGUUGCAAUGCUACAGAGCUCAUAGUCUGACAAGAGGGGAGACUGCUGAAUGCUAUGACAUGUCUUAUGCAAAAUUGCCCAAGUAUGGUCAAUUGUUAAGAAGGCAUAACCUUGGUACUUUGUAUAAGCUGGUACCCUAUGAGAGACAUGACUUUACUAAAAAUCCACAAUUCAAUAGAUUAUUUGUGUGCCUUCAAGCUUGUAAAAAUGGGUUUUUGGAUGGAUGUAGAUCCUUUAUAAGUCUAGAUGGAUGUCAUCUAAAGGGUAGAUAUGGUGGUGUACUGUUUUCUGCAAUUUCAGUUGAUAGGAACAAUGGAAUAUAUCCGCUUGCAUUCAUUAUUGUUGAAGUGGAGAACAAGGAUAGUUGGACUUUUUUCUUACAUUGUUUGGAUGCUGCCUUGAGGUUGGAUGACUGUGAAAUAGGCCUUACCUUCAUGUCUGAUAAAUAGAAGGUGAGAUUCUUCAACUUAUCUGACUAGUACUAGAGUAUUAACUGGAUUUCAAUUAUAAUAAUGGAAAUUUGUUUGUUUUUUUAUAGGGUCUUACAGAUGUUAUAUCCAGAAUAUUUCCAAGUGCACAUCAUGGAAACUGUUGCAGACAUUUGUACAGUAAUUUUAAGGGAUUCUUCUGAGCAUAGUUUUUAGGCAACGCCUUACUAGCGCCUUGACGCUGAUACGGUCUAGAGAUGGUAAGGCUGUGCUCUGCCUUACGUGAAGUGGCGCCUUAUGGGGUGUUUUUUUUUUAAACACAUUUUU